UUUAAUUUGGUAGAAAAAUGGAGAAAUAUGAAGGCAAAGGAAAACCUGACACUGAAGAGGCCCUACUCUCCCUUAGUGAUAUCGAAACCUUAUUCGCAUCCAUCCGUGUUCAGUACUUUAAUGAUUUAGCAACAAAUGUCGAGAGAAUAUGAGAAAGCUCCUUUGAUUCUGAAAAAUGAUCUAAAACAACAGGACAGACUAUAAAGGAUAUCAGUUAUGUUUUGGAAAAUAAAAUUAGUGAGGAAGAGAAGAAUUUAGGAGUAUUUGAACUCUUAGCCAAGAUCAAACUUCUUCUAAUUAAGUUUAAAGAAGAUCUGGAUAGUGGGAAAUUGUUUUCAUUUGAUUCUUCAAUGAAUAUUUUUCAUGAUCGGAGAGGUCUUUAUAUCAAUGAACUCAGAAAAAUGUCAGAAAGCGUCAUGAGUCAGAUAGUUAUAGCUGCACGGAAAUAAAAGAGUUAUGCAACUAUAUAAAAGAGCUAAGCCUUCUAAGGAAACUAUCAAGGAUAUCACAAAUGACUUGAGAAAGCUAAAUAAGGAAUGCCCUGAUGAUGAUCCCAACCCCCCAUCUGCACCCACGAAAUAUUUAUUUAGGAGCUAGAUA